AAUUCAGAUAAAUUACAUCAUCCUGAGCAUCUUGUCUUCCCCCAAGCCUAUAUAAUUAAUAAAUGCUAUAAAUUUAUAUGAAAGUAAGACCAUUUGCAUUGGUUCUAGUGCAAAGACAAUUUCCUGAAGUUCUUCUAUCCCAAGAAAAUCUGAACACUUCAUGAGCUUGAACUGAAUUGAUUCUUGGAUAAAAAUGGAUGGAAAAAACUCUCUUCAAAUAACAAGAACUGCUUCCGGUGCUUAUGAUGAUGAUGGACAUGCCAAAAGAACAGGUAACUUAAAGAGUGCUGUGGCUCAUAUCAUAACAGCGGUUAUUGGUUCCGGUGUUUUGUCAUUGGCAUGGAGUACUGCUCAAUUAGGAUGGAUUGGAGGGCCACUUGCUCUACUUUGUUGCGCAAUAGUUACUUAUGUUUCUUCGUACUUAUUAUCUGAUUGCUAUAGAAAUCCCGAUCCUGUGACCGGAAAAAGAAACUACUCUUACAUGGAUGCUGUUAGAGUCAAUCUUGGUAAUAAAAGGACUUAUGUGGCCGGUUUCCUUCAGUUUUUGACCUUGUAUGGGACUGGUACUGCCUAUGUAAUUACCACAGCAACUAGUUUGGAGGCUAUUAUGAAAUCAAACUGUUAUCACAAAGAAGGACACCAAGCUCCUUGUAGUUACAACGGUACUGUGUAUAUGAUGCUAUUUGGACUUGUCCAGAUUGUAAUGUCAUUUAUACCAGAUCUCCAUAACAUGGCUUGGGUUUCAAUUGUGGCUGCAAUUAUGUCUUUUACAUAUUCAUUCAUUGGACUAGGACUCGGCAUAGCAACUGUCAUAAAAAACGGAACAAUUAUGGGAAGUGUGACAGGAAUACAACCUGCUAAGCGUGCCGACAAAAUCUGGUUAAUCUUCCAAGCACUCGGUGACAUUAGCUUUUCGUAUCCGUAUUCAAUUCUCCUUCUCGAGAUACAGGACACUCUAAAAUCUCCUCCAGCAGAAAACCAAACAAUGAAAAAGGCCUCCAUGGUUGCGAUCUUCAUCACCACAUUCUUCUACCUAUGUUGUGGAUGCUUUGGAUACGCAGCUUUCGGAAGUGCUACACCAGGAAACUUAUUGACAGGGUUUGGAUUUUACGAGCCUUUCUGGCUCAUCGACCUUGCGAAUGUUUGCAUUAUCAUUCAUUUGGUUGGAGGGUAUCAGAUAUACAGUCAACCAAUAUAUAGCACUGCUGAUAGAUGGUGUGCAAAGAAAUAUCCUAACAGCGGCUUUGUGAAUGACUUCCAUAGAGUGAAACUUCCUCUAUUACCGGCUUUUGAGAUAAAUCUUUUCAGGUUUUGUUUCAGAACAACUUAUGUGAUUUCAACCACUGGACUUGCGAUUUUGUUUCCUUACUUCAACCAAGUUCUUGGAGUGUUGGGAGCAAUAAACUUUUGGCCACUGGCUAUAUAUUUUCCAGUUGAAAUGUACUUUGUGCAGAAGAAAAUUGGAGCUUGGACUAGAAAAUGGAUUGUUCUAAGGAUAUUUAGCUUUGCUUGUUUUCUUGUCACAAUGGUUGGGUUUGUUGGAUCAAUUGAAGGUAUAAUAAGUCAGAAAAUUAGUGGAAAGGGUUAAUGACAUUAUUAACAUUUCAUAAUGGUUACUUUAUUUAGGAUUGUAGAUUGGUUCAUGUAAUAUUAGUGUGUGUUUAAGAGGUAGAUAGGAAUUAAGAUAUUUUAGGGGAAUGGAUUAUAUACUAGCCAUGUAAUAUUAUAAGUUGCUUGAUGGAUAACUCCAUUCAAAGAAGCCAGUUGCAACAAAUUUGUAGUUUGUUAUUGAUGGAAUUGUAUUUUAUUAAAUCUAAAUGACUGGAUUUUUACUUUU